UUGUGUUUGCCAACCACUCGUGAAAGUCUCUCCGCUUUCCAACUUCAGUGUGAAAAUAAAUGUGAUGGUGAUAUUUAUAGGUCUUCUGCUAGCACGUAGGUUACAAGUUAAUAUCGUUAAAUAACGAGCAAAGUCUAGCUGGAUACAUGAUGCGUGGAAGUCUGACGUAACCUGUUGAGUCUGGUGUGUCAUUUGAGUCAUUAGGGGUUCUACAUUUUGUAUGGCCCCCAACAUCAGGUGUAACGGAUCAAUUGGUUUCAAAUUUAACUGGUGAUCUGCAUAAAUACAGGCAAAAAAAAGGGCCAGCAUUUUAUUAAACACCUCUGACAUUCACUCAAUAUUAGAGGCACCACAGAGAUAGUGUGUAUUACAGUGUUAUGGUAUUAUGUGCUGGUGUUGUUUCAUUAUUUAACAGCUAACUUGUUUUCUAACCAUCUGGCCAUCUCAAAAUUUUUUUGGAUUCACACUUUUAUUUUGUAAGGCUGCAUAGCUAAGUUGCUGAUAUGCUUAAUCAUAUUUUGUGUGGAUGAUGACUGCGUUGUGUUGUAGAGAUCUUGAUCUUAAUGAGGUGUGAAUAAAUAAAUAAAGCAUAACUUACUAAUACUCCUAUAUUGUGAGUGGCUGUGCAGUAAAAAACUGAAUCAUGCUAAAAGGAUUAUAAUGUAGCUGAAUGUCUACUCUUGUUAAUCCAUUAUUCAGAACAUUUAAUUAUUCAUCCUCUCCACUGGGACGUGAGAGGGCAUUGUGGUGAUGUGUUUAACGCUGCGGUCCAUGAUGGUUCAGGUGUGGUGAGGCUGGAGAGGGCUGGAUGCGUUCGACAUGGUGAAGAAUGUUCCGGAAAGUCAAGAAGCGCCACAGCAGCAGCAGCUCGCAAAGCAGUGAGAUCAGCACCAAAAGCAAAUCUGUGGACUCCAGUUUGGGAGGGCUCUCCAGAUCCAGCACGGUCGCCAGCCUCGAUACAGACUCCACCAAGAGCUCAGGAAACAGCACGUCUGAAACAUGUGCCGAGUUCCGGGUGAAGUACGUGGGAGCCGUUGAGAAGUUACAGUUUGACAUGAGCAAGACCCUCCAGGAGCCUCUGGACCUCAUCAACUAUAUCGAUGCAGCCCAGCAAGACGGAAAGCUGCCCUUCGUGCCCGGAGACGAAGAGAGGAUUCUGGGAGUGUCGAAGUACGGAGUCAAGGUGGCCUCGCUGGACCAGUGUGAUGUGCUGCACCGCCACCCGCUGUACCUGAUCGUGCGCAUGCUGUGUUACGAUGACGGCCUGGGUGCAGGGAAGAACCUCCUGGCUCUCAAAACCACCAACGCAGAGCAAGAGGAGUGCAGCAUCUGGGUGUACCAGUGCAGCAGCUCGGAGCAGGCUCAGUCCAUCUGCAAGGUGCUGUCGGCUUCCUUCGACUGCGCUCUGACGUCAGUCAAAUCCUGAGGGAGCUGAGAUCUGUGGAGAAGAGAAAUGAAACAACCGCAAAAACCAGCAACAGUAAAUCAGAAGAUCGCCAAACAAUUGCAACCAUUUCCCCCUUUUCUCCUACUUUGUUUUCUCAAGGAGAGAUUAACUGGAAGACAAAUCCGUCUUCCAGUUUUCCAUGUGAGUUUGCAGGAAAGCGUGAUUCACGCCUUUGUAUCGACGACAAAGUCGCGUCAUGCUGACUUUGUGAUAAUAUUAUCCCCUUCCCAUCAGGUGAGACAGAACUACUGUGAACUUGUCUGAAUCAUUUCCUUUGAAGUUGUUUCUUUACCUCACGAGCUCCUUCGACCUGUCACUUAAAGUCAAGAGCAAAAAUGGAAAGUUAAAAAAAAAAAAAAAAAAAAGGAAAUGGUAGUAUUUCUUAAUGCAUUGCACAAUGUAAAUGAAUCGUAUUUAAAGCAAACAACGGUAUAAAAUGGUACAUAAUGCUGUGACUCCUCUCCAGCAGCUGAGUCAGUGGACAUUCAUCAGAAGAGAAACUACACGGUACACAUAUUUCACAAUAUUUCUUUCUCUUCACGUGGAAACUACUCGGAUCCCUUUUGAAGUUUAAAUAUCCUUUUGUGUGUUUUGUUGUUUUUCACAGUAUUGGUACAAUAGCAGUCACUUUUUUUGACUCGAUGGUACAUUAUACAAAUAUGCUUGAACUGUGUGAGAGGAGCCUCAUUUAUAAUGAGUUUUGACUUUUGUUGUAUCUUGUUUUAAGUUUCUUUAUAAUGUAGUGUUUGUUGGUACCAAAAGUUUGACGUGUUUUCGGAUUUGUUAACUCUUUGUUUUUAUGUAGUGAUUAAAAUGCAUUAAAUCCAUUCACUUGCUGAAACCACAUGAAUCCUAUUAGGCUGUAGAAGCACAAAAGACUUGUUUACAAUCGUGGUACUUACCCAACUUCCCCUUGAACAUAAUAAUAGCCGUUCUCUCUUUUCUGUCCUUUCAACACGGCCUUGUUAAGAUUGUAUGGAAAAUAUGACAUUGAAUAAUUUGAUCUAAUUGCAAUUAGUUGACUUAUUAAAGUGUAAUUUCUCCUUUUUC